AUGUUAGCAACGGGAAGCCAUUAAUUCACAGCUAACCCAACAAAAUAAACUGAAGCUAUGUUCAUUUGGCUUUGAUUUCAAUGUUUUCCGGUGUGUUAUCGAUGUGGAAAUGACCUCAAACAACCCAGCGGUUUUUCUUCUCAUGGUCAAUGGGCAAAUCGAAUCAGCAAAUUUCCCAGAAUAUGACGAUCUGUACUGCAAGUAUUGUUUUGUGUAUGGACACGAUUGGGCACCCACAUCAGGCUUGGAAGAGGGAAUUUCCCAAAUAACUUCAAAAGGAAGAGGAUCUCAGAGUUUGGUGUGGAAUUUCCCAUUGGACAUCACAUUUAAAAGCACCAACCCAUUUGGCUGGCCCCAGAUUGUGGUCAGUGUGUAUGGCCCCGAUACCUUUGGAAAUGAUGUUGUCAGAGGUUAUGGAGCCGUGCACAUUCCCUUUACUCCUGGAAAACACACCAAGACUAUUCCAAUGUUUGUUCCUGAGUCCACAUCAAGACUGCAGAAGUUCACAAGCUGGCUAAUGGGAAGGCGUCCAGAGUUUACAGAUCCCAAGGUUGUUGCCCAAGGAGAGGGAAGAGAAGUUACGAGGGUGUGUUCGCAAGGUUUUGUGACACUACAGUUCAACAUAGUAACUAAGGACAUGAAGAAGCUGGGUUAUGAGACUACUUCAACGGAGCAUUCAUCUGCUACAGGACUUACAAGAACAGAGCAGCCUUAUGGAACAUGAUCUCAACGGCAGAUAAGAGGCUUUGCUAACAGGCUUUGUAUGCUUUUGUACAUCUAUGUCGGUCUUUAGAACAAGUUACCUGUUCAUAACCAGACAUGUUAUAUUGUUUGAUCAAUUUUGUAUGUUUUUAAUAAACCGGUCUACUGUUUUUGUUGAUAUCUACAAA